UUCAUAUAAGGUGUUACUGAUAACCUCUUGUGAGUCGAGUGUGACAGAAUAAGUUUAUGCAUACAGUGCUUUUUAUUUAUAUUUAUAUGUGGAGGGGGUGUUUCUCAAUGCCCUCUGUCCGUGAUUUGAGGUGAUUUUGGAAAGCCCUCGUCCUCUCUGGUCGUGUAGCCAUGGCAGUCGGGGUGAAGUUGGUUCUGUCGGGGCUGCUGUGUGCCCUGCUGCUCGGGGGUGGCUAUGACUACUUGUUCAACCUGGAGAUGAACAAGUGCAGGAUGACGUAUAUGUACGAGUAUCCGCAUUUUAUUCCACUGAGACUUCCUACAGAGGUAAGAAAAAAGUUCCCGCACUACAGCUUAAUCGUGUACGGUGAGGGCAACUACUCGGAAACACUGAAAAAAGGCAAAUUUUCUGGCAUUCCUGUAUUGUUUAUCCCAGGGAAUGGUGGAUCUCAUAAGCAAGUAAGAUCUUUAGCAUCAGUGGCCUAUAGAAAGGCGAUGGACCACGAGACCAAGUUCCAUUUCAACUUCUUUGCUGUGAACAUCAAUGAGGAACUCGGGGCAUUGUAUGGGCCAGUGCUGGAACGUCAGACAGAAUUUGUCACCUUCGCCAUACAGCACAUCCUGAAACUCUACGAAGACUCUCCAAGAAAGCCCAAGUCUGUUGUGUUAAUCGGUCACUCCAUGGGAGGGAUGGUAGCAAGAGCAGCACACGUCACAAAGAACAUCUCCGCAACCACAGCUCCGCUCAUCAUUACACAGGCAACUCCACACACUAGACCUGUCAUUGUCACUGAUCCUUCGAUUGAGGAUUUCUAUGACAAGGUAAACUCCUACUGGACAAUGGAGCGCAUGUUUGACCUGAAGGACUUGGUGUUAGUGACUGUAGGCGGUGGCAGGAAUGAUGUGCAAGUCUCCACAGCCCACAUAAAUACCCCGUUGGCAGACAUUGCAACGACUACAACAAAUAUCCCAUCCUGCUGGCUAACAGCAGAUCACCAGGCUAUUGUUUGGUGCCACCAGCUGGUCAUGCCGAUAAUGAGGUCGUUGUUCGACAUUGUUGAUCCCAAGACUUACCAGAUCACUACAGACAGACAGAGGAUCAUAAAUGUGUUUGAUUAUCAUCUGUCCAAGAGAAUCAUAGGCAAGCGCUACAAAGGGACAACGUGGCACUCAUCAACCAUAGAGUUUGAUAUAGAAGCUGACUGGAAAGAGAUCCUGAGGCGGCAGCACACCCACACGGCCCAGGAAAACCCACGGCCCACGUACCUCAUGAUCCCCCUGCACCCGGGUCACCAUCUCUACCAGAAGGCCAUGAUUGUGGCCACCAAUCUAGACAAAAAAGACUGGGUCAUGGCUUGCCAGGCUAAUCAUGUGCAUAAGAACACCAGGAUGUGUCUGAACGGGGAAAACUUGUCACAAAUGACCAGGCGUUUGCUCGGAAAAGUCAAGGCAGUUGAACUGGACCUCACAACACUGAGUAAUGCUGGUCACUCACAUGUUGUAGUGUAUCUUCCUCCAACUGAUGAAAAGGUGGAAGUGUCCGUAGAUGUCCAUGGAGAAGGCGGGAGGCAGAAGGAUUUUGAGGUUCCAGCUUUCAUCAAGUCCUUUACACAGACAUUGAUUGUGGACACCACGCCUCAGAGAGCCCUGUCCUACAAUGUAUCUCUUCAAGGACUGCAUGAACCUUGGCAGUCCUUCAAGUUCACACUUCGUCCUCGAUCGGCGUCUUGCGUGAAUCAUAGCGUAAUUCAAGCUAAAAUCUUUGUGCCAUGGGCUCAGAAGGAGUCAAUUUUACAGAAUAGUGAUCCUGUAAAGUCAUUCUACGCAGAAGUAGACGUCUUACCCCCGGCAGAUCGGAACUUCUCAUCAGCAAGCAUCCAGUUCGUCCUUGACCCCGACUGCAGCUACUCCAUUGUAGUUCAAGGCAACCUUUUGGGAAUUUUCCGUCGCAUCGUUUCACAGUUUGGGCAACAAGUGCCGACUUACAUUGCAGUUCACUUACUUCUUACACUAGCCAGACAACUACAGACACUUGAGGAUGAAGGUUAUUGCCCUACACUGUUCUCAGCCAUGCUAACUCUCACUCCUCUGGCAGUUAUUCCGUUUGUCAAGGUCAUGAACAUGGUGCUGAAGAACAUGGACGUGUACGACGACUUCAGCAUUAUGGAAGAGAGCGGGCAGCAGCUGGCAGUUCUCCCGAUCCUUUUCUUCCUGGGAACCCUACCUCUCUCUCUGGCACUUGGGGGUCUCGCUUGGGGAUUUAUCUUGUUCUUUGGAAACAGUGCUCAUUUUGUUGUCACCAAAGUAUUGGGACGUAGCUUAGGAGGAGGUGAUAUGAUUGCAGAUUUGGCAGUGUCGGGAUUGUCACGAGUGCCCGUGUUGCUAGGCGUGGCUCUCAUCUCCUUGGCUUAUUCUACUUGCGGGACUUUGGCACUAUGUCUGGCCGGCUUUUUUUAUUUCAUCAAGGUGUUUAAGCUGUACGAAGACUUCAUCGAGAAGAUUGUCGUGGGGCUGAUCCCAGGCACGACUGAGAACAGGUCAAAGACAGACAAGGCCCUCUCACAGCUGAACUUCCACAUGACUCUCAUGAUGAUCAUCUUCCUUGUGAGUGCUCUCAAUGCUCCUGCUUUCAUUGUGUGGGGCAAACUGCUCAGUCAUAACUUACAAUUGGUGCAAGAUCCAAGCCUAUAUGUGGCAGUGACGGUCUUGAUAGGGCUCUGCUUCCUCUGGCAAAAGAAAGUCCCUCAAUGUGAUAAGAGAUUCUACAAACAGCUGGGUUACUUGGUCCACUCCUUAGCUGUGUUGACCCUCCUGUAUGGCAGUGUGAAUUUGUACCGCGUGUCCUACAUCCUAUCGGCAGCUAUAAUCCUUGUUGUGAUACACCAGCUUGUGGCUCCAAGGAAACCGCCCCAGAGGGAGAGCCAGGAGGAUGAAAGCCCUAGUGAAAGAAGCCGUCCUUUCAUGGCACAGGUUGACGAGUCAGAAUCCGACGGCACCAAUUCUGGCAGCAUUACCUCAGAUAAUGACUCUGGGCCAAGCCAGAGGAUUAUUUAAGGAGAAGAAGAAGAGAAGAAGAAAAAGACAGGGGAGUGAAGGAAUAAGUAGAUGAUCCGGUAAUCAAACUAUUCUUGUCUUGUGGUCUUGCCCAUUGAUAGACACUUCUGGAGGCAAGGAGGGGCAGUCAGUAACUUAAAACACUGGGUAAAUUUUUAUUGAUAAGUCAGAUGACAAAGUUACUUUGUACAUGAAUCUGGAGGCACAUGUAAAUUGAUCAUAUACACAUGUGUUCCAAGAUUACUUUCCUCUUCACUGGCUCCCAUAACCCACUAACGACGGGUGUCCCACAUAUUAGACACCCGAAAAAAUAAACAUUGCUGGGCGUCCCGCCAGUGUAUUGGGGCUCGCGCUCUGACGCAGCAGCAGGCGAUUUUGUAGCCACCCGGAAUCUUUUAUUUUCGGCUUCAAAAUGUACCGGCGUUAAUGGGUUAAUCCCUAUAUCUUGUCCAAGUGUCUGUCUCUGGUCCUACCUCAGUUGGCAAGGUGAUGUGAUGGUCAGUUUUAGGUUAAAAUUGGGAAAGAACCUCACCCCCAGAGGCUAGUCCAGAUUGGCCAGUAUUCAAGACUGGCUCAAGAUUUGUCAUAUUUGUUGAAGAAUAACAAUAAGCACCCAUGUCAUGUUCACGAGAGCUGCAUUUAGAAAUAUUUUCUUUAUCCUCAUAGAAAUUGCAUCUUAGGCAGGUAUGAUGAUGUCACAAUGUACUAGUUAAUCACUGCUCAUACUAGAAGAGUAAUAUAUGAUGUAUGCUUAGGGUUUCAUUGUUAUCAUCUCAUAUGCAUGUGAUUUCAGAUGUCCAUUCAUACUGUUGUAUAAAUCGGGAAUAGCUGUAACUGUGUGGUACUGAAUUCAUGAAAUAUUUGUGCAAUUUGUGUUGUUAAUAAUGACUGUCAGGACUGGAAUUUUCCUGUUACAAUUACCUCUUGGAUAUGUUUAUCCGAUGUUUUUUUUAUGUUUAUUUCUUUGUUAUUAAUUUUUGAUUAUCAAGCAUUUUGAUAUGUGAUUGUGCUUUUCUUUUGUGGGCAAUGUGCAGUUUAUGAAGAUAUGAAUCUAUGAUUAUAUUUUUCUUCUUUUCUUUCUCUCUUUGUGGAUGUGCAAUUUAUCAAAUUUGAUUUGCAAUGUUUAAAAGAAAAAAAACGAAAAAGAAAAAAAUCUGCCCCAGAAUCAAACCAAUCUGCAUAAAUACCCUCUGAGCAAAAACUGUCAAAAGUGGGAUGAAUUGUUAAUUGAUCAAAUUAUAUUAAAGUAUAUGUAAACUCA